AUGGCCGCAGACUUCCUACCUAUGGCACUGGAAUCUCCAGCACUUUGUGACGCGCUGCUGGCACUGUCAUCCAGUCACAUAUCUCUGGUAGACCAGUCAUAUUCCGUGGUCGCGUUAGAAGCGCAGUCAAACGCCAUCAAAAAUCUCACUUUCUCGAUCAAGUCACCUUCAGACCAGAUCACAUGGCACGAAAGCAACGCCGCAACCUGCCUAGCUUUCGCGACCUCUCUGAUCAGUACGAGUGAUAGCCAAGGGUGGCAUGCUCAUCUCCAAGGCGCCAAACAUUUCAUCACGUCCGCUGCAGCGAACUCCAGGCCUGGAGGACCCCUCAAAGGGGUCGACGCCUUCAAGGUGACCCCUGAAGGCCGGUGGGUCCUGCGCAACUUUGCCUAUCACGACAUCAUUGGUAGCAUCAGUACUGGAAGGCAGCCACUGCUGGACCCUAGUUAUCUGCACGAUAUCAGUGAAGUCAUUGACUCCUAUCUUGGCGUCGCGACAGGUCUUCUGAUCCACAUUGGAGAGAUUAGCUCUCUCGAGAGCGAGCCAUCAUUGCUAGAAUACUCCUUAGUCUCUGAGAUCGACAGGAGUGUUUCCUUCCGCGAGAAGUGUCUUCGAUUGGAGAAUGAGCUCGAGAGUUGGAGAUGCCCGAUUGAGACUCAAGGAAGCCUUGCUUCCAUGGCUUUUGCAUAUAGAAGCGCCGCGCUCAUUCUGCUGUACCGGCUGGUCCGGCGAGAUCUCCCAGGAGCCAUCGAGAACCUCGAAGAGAAAAUCUCGUCGCAGGUCACCGAAGCGCUACGACACAUCUCGGAUGUCCCUCUGGGACACAGCCCGGAAGCAGCUCUCUUGUUCCCACUGUUCAUCGCGGGCGGUGAAGCAAGGGAGGACUCUCAGAUCGAUUUGAUCCGAACUCGACUCCGAGAGAAGGCCAACAAGCGAAACUUUCAAAAUAUAUCGCGUGCUCUCAAGGUCUUGGAAAGUCUCUGGAAUCGACGAAGGAUACUUGGCAUUGAGGCAGACUGGGCCCAAAUUCUGAAUGCAUCUGGCGAGGAACUGGUACUAACGUAA